CGGUUCAAGACGGUGCACCGCGCGCGGCCGUUUCACAUACGACAAAUUUAACACAAACGUGAUUAAUUUGUGAAAAGUGUUCUAUAUAGUAAACCGUGUAUGUCGGAUUGCAGUGUAGUGUUCAUACGUUUCACUUUUUCUGUGUUGUUUUAAUUCAUACGCGUUUUGAAAUCCAAAAUCUUUAUACUCCAUACAAAUAAAACGAGAAUUGAUUAUGUUUGUGAACGAAAUUGUGUUAUGUUGAAAGGAUUCUGGAGGUGCGAGUGACAAUGUGUGUGCGGUGAGAACAAGUGUCGCGCGAUGUUGCGCGUCGUCGCGUGGCUGCUGCUGGCGACAGCGGCGCGCGGCGAGCACGUCCGCGAAUUCACCGUCCGCGAGAACCUGCCUGCUGGCUCCUUCGUCGGCCAUCUCGGCGACGAGCUACCCGACGCUGCGCCCCCAUAUACCAUUGUGCCCGUCCCAGGCAGCGCCGUCAACGACGACCUCAAAGUAGACCCUCACACUGGAGAAAUAAGGACUCGAAUACCACUAGACAGAGAAAACAGGGACCAGUACGCACUAGUCGCCAUCCCUGCGAGCGGCGAUAAUAUCCGAGUAGUCGUUAGGGUUUCCGAUGAAAAUGAUAACGCUCCAACUUUCCCCACCUCAGUGAUGAAUGUUGAGUUCUCAGAGAAUACCCCCAGAGAUGUUAAGAGGAAACUGAAUCCGGCUAAGGAUCAGGAUUUAGGUGUAUUCAAUACACAGAAAUAUAACAUUGUGUCGGGGAACACGGAUAACGCUUUUAAAUUAUCCUCGCAUAGGGAAAGAGAUGGGGUUUUGUACUUGGACCUCCAAAUCAAUGGGUUUCUCGAUAGGGAGACAACUGAUCACUAUAAGUUAGUUAUUGUAGCACUAGACGGUGGAACUCCACCACUAAGUGGAACCAUGACAGUUAAUAUAACUAUUUUAGAUGUAAACGAUAACCCACCUGUGUUCGCGGAAAGUGCGUACUCGGCAAAUAUACCGGAAAACGCGACUGUUGGCACACCAGUUUUGAAAGUAUUCGCGACCGACUCUGAUGCGGGUGAAAAUGGUUUAAUCGAGUACUCGAUAAAUAGGAGACAAAGUGAUAAAGAGAAUAUGUUCAGGAUAGACCCAGAAACGGGUGAAAUCACGGUGAAUAAAGCUCUCGAUUUUGAGACGAAAGAACUGCACGAGCUGGUUGUUGUAGCCAGAGAUAAAGGUGCGCAGCCUUUAGAAACAACAGCAUUUGUCUCUAUCAGAGUAACGGACGUGAACGACAAUCAGCCUACGAUAGACGUCAUAUUCUUGAGCGACGAUGCGACUCCAAAGAUAUCGGAAUCCGCUCAGUUGGAUGAAUUCGUGGCGCGUAUAUCGGUUCACGAUCCGGAUUCCAAAACGGAGUACUCAAACGUGAAUGUUACGUUGAGCGGUGGCGACGGGCAUUUUGAUUUACGGACACACGACAACAUUAUCUAUCUGGUGGUCGUUGCGUUGCCUUUGGACCGCGAAUCUAGAUCAUCGUAUACUCUGAAUGUUGUAGCAACUGACAAGGGGUCGCCUCCCCUGCAUGCGUCUAGGAUAAUAAGCCUCCGAGUAACUGAUGUGAAUGAUAAUGCCCCUGUUUUUCUCGAGAGUGAAUAUAAAGCGAGUGUACCCGAAGCGGCCGCGCCUGGGACCCCCGUAGUACAAGUGUCCGCUACUGACGCCGAUGAGGCAGAAAAUUCGGAGAUUCGGUACAGUCUUCUGCCGACUCCCCAAUCAGAUUGGUUUUCGAUUGACGAGCGUUCGGGAUUAGUGACGACACGGUCCAGGGUCGAUUGUGAGACGAAUCCGAUGCCACAAUUGACGGUGGUGGCAAAAGAUCGCGGUAACCCUCCGUUGUCGUCGACGGCAACUUUGGUGGUAACAGUGUUAGAUGUGAACGACAACGAGCCGAUCUUCGACCAGUCCUUCUACAAUGUUACUGUUCCGGAGAGUGAAUCAGUCGGCAGCUGUAUUUUAAAGAUGUCCGCAAUAGAUCCCGACUGCGGAGUCAACGCCAUUGUCAACUACACUCUGGGUGAUGGUGCAGCUCGAUCCCAAUUUACCGUCAAAUCUGAUAGCGGAGAACUCUGUAUUGCUUCACCUUUGGACCAUGAGAUCAGCAGUGAAUUCGAGUUUCCCGUCAUUGCCACUGAUAGAGGGGGCCUGUCCACGACCGCUAUGGUGAAGAUCCAACUGCUUGAUAUAAAUGACAACGUACCAGCAUUCGUUGUGAAGGACUACAAUGUCUCUUUGAAAGAAGGCAGGAUAUCAUCGAACGAACCCAUUGUGGCGGUCUCCGCUACAGAUUCAGAUUCAGGCAGAUUCGGAAUGGUCACGUACAGAAUUGUUAGUGGCAAUGAUAAUGAUGUAUUCAGAAUUGAUAGAGGCACAGGUGAUAUACUUGUAACGAAGCCGGCGUUGAUACAAGCUAAUGCUAAAUAUGAUUUGGAAGUAUCCGCUACGGACGGCGGAGGUCUGACCGCACCGCAAGGGGCUGUGGUACAUAUAAAUGUAUUGCCAGCUGGUAUUGGUUCAGCGUUGUUCGAUAAACCAAGAUACAAUUUUCGUAUAGUUGAAGAUGUAGGAGUUGGAGCUGUUGUUGGUACUUUGAAGGCUACUGUCGGCGACAGAGGCAAGCAACCCGUCCGGUACAGCAUCGUCUCCGGAGAUCCUGAACGCCGUUUCACCAUCGAACCACUUUCGGGAGCAAUAAAGACAGCCGCCCAGUUGGAUAGAGAAGUCACUGCCUCUUAUCUGCUAAACGUCAGAGCUACCACAGGAAAUCCAAACAGCUAUGAUCAAACUCAGGUCCAAAUUACACUAGACGAUGUGAACGACAAUGCACCAGAGUUCGGCACGACUUCAGUGAGGGUAUCAGUCGCAGAAUCAGCUGCUGUCGGCUCAGCUGUGUACGCGGCCCGAGCUACCGACAAUGACAGCGGGAGAAAUGGGCAAAUCACGUACAGUCUGCUAUCGGCUACUGGACCGCCGAAUACUUUUGCUGUGAACAGUCAACAUGGAAUGGUCACUUUGUUGAGGCCGCUGGAUUAUGAGAACAUGGUUCGUCACACCCUGGUGAUUACAGCGAGGGAUGCAGGCGCGCCGUCACUCGCCACCAACCUGACGCUUUCGGUGGACGUUCAAGACGUUAACGAUAACCCGCCAGUGUUUGAACACGACGCGUAUACUGUUAACGUGCUGGAAUCCGAACAUGUCAAUACGAAGGUUUUAGAAAUCCAAGCUGUAGAUAAAGAUACAGGGAACAACGCUCGUAUCACGUAUCGUAUAGUAUCAGAGAACAGUACAGCAAAUGAGGAAUAUUUUAAAGUACAACCUACUACAGGAUGGGUGUAUUUGGCAAAACCACUUGAUAGAGAAACUAUAUCUAAACAUAAAAUGGUUAUAACAGCCACGGACAAUGGUAUUCCACCGUUGUCUGCGACAGCUGUCCUUGUAGCUAAUAUUGUAGAUGCAAAUGAUAAUGAUCCUGUCUUCUCUAAGCCACGGUAUGAGUUUCAAGUGGAAGAGAACCAAAAAGGUGGAGCCUUCGUUGGCAAGAUCACUGCAACUGAUGCGGAUUUAGGAGAGAAUUCGAUUAUAAGAUACAGCUUAUUUCCAUCGAAUACAAGUUUCGUCAUUAAUCCUACUACAGGUGUUUUAUCUACGAAAGAUGUUCUAGACCGUGAACAUAAAUCGUCGUAUUCACUGUUUGCGGAAGCAAAAGACCAAGGCAGUCUCCCAAGAUCUAGUCGAGUACCGGUAUCAAUUAAAAUUACAGAUGUCAAUGAUAACUCACCAGAAAUAAUUGAUCCUAGAGAAGAUGUUGUUAGUGUCCGAGAAGAACAGCAGCCUGGUGCAGAAGUAGCUAGAGUAAAAGCUGUAGACAGAGAUAAUGGUAUAAAUUCUUCUGUAACAUAUUCCAUCUUAAAUGAUAGGGACAUGGACGGUUAUGGAGUAUUUGUCAUUGACUCGUAUACUGGAGUUAUUAAAACUAGUACAGUUCUUGAUCAUGAAGAAAGGUCUAUAUACCGAUUAACUGUUGCGGCGACUGAUGGUGGAACUCCUCCAAGGCAAACAGUGAGACAGCUUAAAGUUGAAGUACUAGACCUUAAUGACAAUAGACCUACAUUUACAAGCUCAAGUCUCACGUUUAAAGUAAAAGAAGAUGCUAGAAUUGGUCAUAUAGUGGGUACAGUCGCCUGCUGUGAUAGCGAUGUUCAAGAUAACCUAAUAAAUAGUGAUGAAGAGAAACAGAUAUCCUACUUAUUGAUGCCUUUAACAACAGAUCAUUCACCUGGAACUUUUGAAAUAGACAGACGUACUGGUUCUUUAGUAGUUGCAAGACAACUAGAUAGAGAAAUUCAAGAAGAAUAUAGAUUAGAAGUUCGAGCGCUGGAUACAUCAGCAACUAACAAUCCUCAGAGUAGUGCUGUAACUGUGAAAAUAGAAAUUGUGGAUGUAAAUGAUAACGCUCCCCAAUGGCCUCAAGAUCCCAUAAAUAUAGAAAUAUCCGAAAUUACUCCUAUGGGUAUGAACGUCUACAAUUUCACAGCAAAAGAUGCUGAUAAUGGUGCCAAUGGAGAGUUAAAUUUUCAUAUAGUUUCAUCUUUACCCUCCACAAAGAAUGUUUUUAAUCUGGAUCCUUUAACAGGGUCUCUAACGCUUACUUCAAAUCUAGAUUUUGAGACAUUGAAAGAAUAUUGGAUAGUUAUCGAGGCAACUGACUUGGCUUCUAAUAUUUCUGAAAGAAUGGCGACAUCAGCAACAGUUCACAUAUCAGUGACAGAUGCAAAUGACAAUGUACCAACUUUUGUAUCGGCAAAUAAAGUCUCGGUUUCCCUCAAUACUUUAACUGGCACAUUAUAUCAAGCAUUAGCAAUAGACGCUGACUCUGGUGAUAAUGGUAGAAUAUCAUAUUACAUUUCUAGUGGUAAUGACCACGCGUAUUUUUCAAUGGAAUAUGACGUUGGAAAACUAACUUUGUCGAAGAAGUAUUCGACAGAUAUUAAUAGAGUACGUCCUGGUCAGUAUAUACUGAAUUUGACUGCUUCAGAUCAUGGAAUACCAUUUCCGAGGCAAAGUCACAUGACACUAACAUUAAAUCUACAAGAGUCAACUAAUGUGCCCCCUAGAUUUACUGAGCCUUUAUACAGAGCUAACAUAAGUGAAGACAUUCGACCAGGAAGUUUCGUAACGAGGCUAUUGGCAAAAUCUUCUAGAGGAAAUACUGGAAACUUGACUUACAUGAUACCAUCUGGAGUAGCUGACGAUAAAUUUACAAUAGAUGAACGCCUCGGCACUGUUACGGUAAAAUCUAAAAUAGACAGGGAACAAAAAGACCAUUAUACAUUUCCAGUCUACGUGACAGAUUCUAGUACAUUCCAAUCAACUACCAAUUUCGACGUCACAACUGUAACUAUCAGCAUUACAGACGUGAAUGAUAACCCACCGAGUUUCAAAAUAGGGUCUUGUUAUCCACUGGCGGUUCCAGAAAAUAACGAGCCAGAAGUUAUUCAUACUGUAGUAGCAACCGAUAUGGAUAUAGGAGCAAACGGCGUUAUUACUUAUAGUAUAAUAUCUGGGAAUAACGGGAACAAGUUUUCAAUCGAUUCUACGACAGGAAAGCUCACCGCUAAAACAUUAGACCGUGAAACGCAGGCGAAAUAUCAUUUGACAAUAACGGCUUUUGAUCACGGCUCACCAAUCGCUUUACAAGGAUCUUGUAAUAUUACUGUGAUGGUUGAAGAUCAGAAUGAUAAUGAUCCAGUAUUUGAUACGGGUCAUUAUUCAGCAACGAUACCAGAAAAUGCCCCUAUCGACACCUCAGUAAUAAAAGUGAGAGCAACCGACGCCGAUUUGGGAUUCAAUAAGCGUAUCGUUUAUUCAUUGGCAAACGAGAGUCAAGGACUGUUUAGAAUCGAUAAUAAAACUGGAAUAAUUUUUACUACUGGGUCAUUUGAUAGAGAAAAAACGAAUGUUUAUCAUUUUGAAGCUGUUGCUACCGAUCAAGGUCGCUACGUCACUCGAUCUCAAAGGGUUUCAGUCGAAGUUACAAUCGAUGAUGUUAAUGACAAUAAGCCGGUGUUCACGAAGUAUCCAUUCAAGGAACAAGUAGCUACAUUAACACAACCAGGACAAAUUCUUCUCCGCGUGACAGCUACUGAUUAUGAUAUAGGAACCAAUGCGGAAGUGCUUUAUGAACUUUUGGAUUCAUCCAAUCAUAAAUUCCGCAUCAACCCCACGACGGGGGUACUUACAGCGACACAAAGUCUCGCCAGUGAAAAUGGAAGACUAAUUCAUUUGAAAGUCAUGGCCAAAGAUAAAGGCAACCCGCCCCAGAGCUCCAUUGGACUUAUCGAAAUCAGAGUCGGAAAUUUUUCCGAUCAAACGCCCACUUUAAAUUUCCAAAACGCCACGUACAAUGUCAGUAUUGAGGAAAAUAUGCAGUACGGCAAACAUGUGCUUCACGUCACAGCGGUCCGUAGCGACGGUCGUCGGCAGAGAAUCUUUUAUGAAAUCGGCAAUGGAAAUGAUCAAUACGCUUUUGAAAUCGACUCUAACACGGGCGUAAUAAGGGUGAACAAUUCGGCGAAUUUGGAUUAUGAAUCGUAUCCGGGCCCUAAGCGGCAACUCGUUGUGGUCGCGCGAACAGAAGGCUCGCCGGUCUUAUACGGUUAUUGCGACGUAAUAAUAAAUCUGCUCGACCAAAACGACCAUGCUCCCAGAUUUACACAACAGCAGUACAUAGCGAACGUUCUAGAGGGCAACGCUAAGGGCGAGUUUGUCGUGCAGCUGGCAGCUAAGGACAGCGACCGCGGCGUGAACGCACGGAUUCUGUACCACAUAGUCGACGGGAACCACGAUAACGCGUUCGUCAUUGAACCGGCUUUCUCGGGAUCGGUUAAAACGAAUAUAGUGUUGGAUCGCGAGAUAAGGGAGACCUACAAAUUGACGGUUAUUGCUACUGACGAAGGCAAUCCACAGAUGACUGGCACAGCUACUCUAAGGAUCAAUGUAGUAGACGUUAACGAUAACCAGCCCACAUUCCCGCCACCGAACCACAUCUCGGUAUCAGAAGGAACGGAAAUCGGGACUGUUCUUACAUCUGUCACGGCGAAUGACGUGGACACAUAUCCUCCACUAAAGUACUCGAUAUUACAGGGAGACAAUAUGUUUUCUAUAGACCGAUUCAGCGGCAAGGUUGUCCUUAAUAAGCCAUUGGAUUUCGAAGCGAAAAAGUUGUAUCAGGUCAACAUAACUGCUUCAGAUAGCGAGCACGUCGCAAAAACUACACUCACAAUAAAAGUGACAGACGUAAAUGAUAAUGCACCUGUAUUUGAUGAAAUCUCUUACAAUAGAAUAUUACCUGAAGGCACAGGUACCCUAGAAAUAGGGUCAGUCAGCGCGAAGGAUAAGGAUAGUGGUGAAAAUGGCAAGAUAACCUAUUCGAUUCUUCGGCCAACUAACGGCUACUACAUAGAUGCGACAUCUGGUGUCAUUUUCGUCAACUACAGCACUCUGCCUUCUAGUCAAAGAGACACGCAGUUGGCUAUAGUGGCUACAGAUUAUGGAAAGCCCAACAAGAGUUCUGUGGCUGCAAUCAGAAUCAGUACUGGUGCUUCUUCGGAAAUAAAACCAUUUAUUGGACAAGAUACAUAUAGGAUCACAGUCAAUGAAGAUACAGAAAAAGGCUCGUCACUUCUACAAAUAGGCGGUAUCAAUGAUGUUUUGAAGAAAUACAACUUAGAUUUUCAUGUAAUAUCUGGUAAUGAAGGAAAUACAUUCGAUGUCAAUUCAGAAGGAGCACUAAUACUUAUUAAUAAAUUGGACAGAGAAUCUCAGGAUUCUUACACCCUAGGUUUGGCUGCAGUAGAGCAAGGGAAAAUAUUUUUUAACAAUCAAAAUAAAACAUCUGUAACAGUUUUCGUCACAGUCACAGAUUCAAAUGAUAACGCACCAGUUUUUUCUACAAAUGAUUUUGAAUUGACUGUUAGUGAAGAUGUCAAAAUAGGAUAUACCUUAACUCAAUUAUCUGCAACAGACGGCGAUUUAUAUGGAACACUAAAUUCAGCUGUGGUUUAUAAUAUUACAUCAGGAGAUGAUGAGAAUAACUUUUAUAUUCAUCCUACUACAGGGGUCUUGACUGUUAAUAAGUCACUUGAUUACGACAUUGGAAAAACUGUGUAUAAACUUAUUGUAGUAGCUUGUGAUCAAGGAAUGCCAUCUCUAUGUAAUGCGGCUUAUAUAAAAGUAGAUAUUAUCGAUGAAAAUGAUAAUAUGCCAACAUUUCCUGUUAAUGAAUAUUUUGAGACUAUUGGAGAGAAUGAAAGAGUUGGUACUUCUGUGUUUACAGCAAGAGCAACAGAUUUAGAUAAAGGAAGAUACGGGAAACUUAACUAUUCGAUUGUACCUGCAUCUACUAAUUACAAUAGAAAUGACGAUUCAUGGAAAAUGUUUCAAAUUGAUUCGUCAUCUGGUUUAGUAAAUACUAAUGCAGUUUUUGAUUAUGAGCAAAAGAAUAAAUAUGAAUUUACUAUAAGAGCUUCAGACUUAGGUGGCAAAAGUUCUACUGUCAAAGUAAGAAUAGAUGUAGAAAGUAGAGAUGAGUUUUAUCCACAAUUUACACAAAAGACGUAUAAUUUUGGUAUUCCAAAAUCAGGCCCAUUGCCUGCAGGCUAUGUUAUAGGACAAGCGACUGCUACUGACAGAGAUAAAGGAAUAGAUGGCCGAAUAGUAUAUCAACUUUCAACGUCUCAUUCUUUCUUCAGAAUCAAUAGGACAACUGGUGUCAUAAUUUUAAAGAAAAAAGUAGAAUCCGUAUCAAGUCUUUUUAGAUCUGAUAAAUCUAUAAGCCUAGUCGUAACGGCUAGUUCUGGAAGACAAGGUUCACUGACAAAUAAGACUGCAGUAGAAAUUCUACUAGACCCUCUUGCUGUUGUAUCAGACAGUAAUCAAUUAAAUGAUACAACUGCUGCUUCAAGUGGAGGACUAUCAGAUUGGGCCUUGGGAUUGUUAAUUGCAUUCAUAUUUAUUAUAAUAAUAUUUGCUGCAGCAUUUUUAUUCCUGCAUAUGAAGAACAAAAGACACAAAAAAGUGAAUAAACCAGGCUUAAGUUCUGAAGGAGUUGGUGCGGCCAAUAGUUACGUAGAUCCAAGCGCUUUUGAUACAAUCCCAAUUAGAAAUACAGGUACUGUGUCAGGAAAUCAGUUUGCACCCCCAAAAUAUGAUGAAAUUCCUCCAUAUGGCCCUCAUACAGCUAGUUCUAAUUCUGGAGCAGCAACCACUUCAGAACUGUCAGGGUCCGAUCAAUCCGGUUCUAGUGGUCGAGGUUCUGCCGAAGAUGGUGAAGAUGGCGAGGACGAAGAAAUUAGAAUGAUAAAUGAGGGUCCUCUCCAAAGAGACUCGGGAAUGCAUAGGCAACCAAACGGAGUUGACGACGAUAAUCUUUCUGAUGUCUCAGUUCAUAAUACUCAAGAAUAUUUAGCUAGGUUAGGAAUAGUCGAUACAGGUACUGGUGGAGGGGCUUCAACCUCUUCAAGAAGAUGUUCAGAAAAUGUAGGAAAUAAGGAUACAAUGCUACAUCACGGAACUAUAGACUCGAUGCAUAUGUUUGAUGAAGAUGGUGGGCAUGAAAAUGAUAUAACAAAUCUUAUAUAUGCAAAAUUAAAUGAAGUAACAGGUAGUGAAAGAGCCAGUAGUGCUGACGAAGCUAGCGCUGCUGUAGACAGAGCUAUGGCAUUGGGAGCAUUUCCUAGUACACCUGGUGACAAUACAGCGGUACCGACGGCUGGACCGUCAAUGACUGGUAGUCUUAGUUCUAUAGUCCAUUCUGAAGAAGAGCUUACGGGUAGUUAUAAUUGGGAUUAUCUUCUUGAUUGGGGACCUCAAUAUCAGCCAUUAGCUCAUGUAUUCUCUGAAAUAGCUCGUUUAAAAGAUGAUGCAGUUUCACUCCAAAGCGUUAACAGUGGCGCGUCUAGUGCUAAGAGUAAAGGUACAUCAAUAUCAGGUGGAAAAAGUGUUCCACCACCGCUGUUAACCACAGUAGCUCCUAGAAGCUGCCCAGCUCCUUCUUUAUCUUGUAGACAACCUCAGCAUUUAUUACCUAGGUCCCCUAUAAGUCAUGACGUACCUGGUGGCUUCUCAGCUGCUGCCGCUAUGUCUCCAUCCUUCUCCCCUUCACUAUCACCUUUAGCAACAAGAUCUCCGUCUAUGUCGCCUCUAGUAGGCCCAGGUCUUCCACCAGCUCCCGCUAGUAGAAAACCUCCACAUUCCACAAUGAGGAUAUGAAAAUUAUUGUAUCGUUUCCUAGGAUUUUGUACAUACUUUAAUUACUAUUUGCUCGUAAUUAUUGGUAGUAUUAUUUAUUGAUUACCGAUGUGAUCGGUCUAAUUUCUUUUUUUUUUAUCUCAUUUUGUGCAUUAAUAUACGACUGUCAUAAAUGUGCUCAAAGUGAUUUAUUAAGCGCUUAUUACCGGUUUUUACGGUAAAUGUAUAUAAAACUUUAUUCGGGUUAACUCUAUUGUAAAUAUUAGUAUGUAUACUUAUUAGUGCCUUGUACAAUUUAAAACGAAGACUGCCAUGAUAUUAUAAUUAUAAAACAAACAGCUUUAUUUAAGCUAUAAGGAUAUGCAAUUUUUAAUAUAGGCUUUAUUGAGAACGAUGUAUUUUUAUAAAAUACAUUUGCAAAUUUGAAAAAAGAAUUUUGUAUUUUAUAUAACUUUUUGUGCCUUUUGUAUUGAUUUCUAGAAAAUCAUUUAUGUAAAGACCUAAUAAUGUACUGUGAUUUUCGUAUAAGUAUCGAAAAUGGCGGAGAAUUUAUUCAGAAUUAUUUAGCAAUAAUAAUGUUGUUAGUUUUACUGGAACGUUGAAUAAUUCUGAAUGGAUACUUGAUGUAUAUAAUGUUUAUAUAAUUAUCUUUAAGUCCAGAUUGUCAGUGGAGUGUAUAAACAUGAAUAAAAAUGUUUAAAAAUUA